ACUAUUGUUGCUAUAAGGGGAUUCUACAAAGAAUUGUUUAUUGUUAUAAGAUUUAAAAAAAAGCGCACUCUUGCGGCGCGAACUUGUAGUACAUUAAAACUGUUGACAGCUGUCAAUUAAUAUUGACAGUUUGUUUUUUCAGUAAAAUUUAAAAGCAGUUUCACAAUUUCUGUGAUUAAAAGUGACGUGUUUUGAUCAAUUAUAAGCCGGGACAAUGAGUAAGAGCCACAAAACGAAGCAUCACGAAGAUCCCAGUCUGAUCCCCACUUUUAUGAGCGAUGAAAUGCACGCGGGGGCCAGGAAAAUGAAAGCGGGUCCUUCGGCUGUAGCUUCGAUGUUAUAUCCACAUGCCGCGACUUCUAUUACUACCACAACCGGUGUAAGGAAGAAAGAAGAAGAUUUAGCGAAUAACGACGAGUUGACCGAUGACGACAUGGAACGUAAAAUGGAUGGUACAUUACGCAAGGGACCCCCGAAAGAAAACAUUCAGGUGGAUGGGAAAAUUAGCAUCCUUACAAAAAUUGAAGGUAGGAGAGAAGCCCUCUGUUGCAAAUACAACGAGGAGUACGACUAUAUCGCAGUGGGUUACGCUGACGGGGUGAUCGUCAUGUACCAAAGUUCCACGGGCGAACCAGUUUUCACUUUAACAGACGCGGACGUGAGGGAGAACAGGGCGCCAGUUACCUCGAUCAAGCAUCGACCUGUAUCGAAAAUUUACCCCAUUACCAACUGUUACACCGGGACCUAUGCGAACGGUUGCGUUAAAUGCUGGUCCUACAAUUUCAACCAGUGCCUCUAUACCAUCAGGGAGAAGCGACAAACUUUCGGGAUCGCGUAUCAUCCGCGAUUCCCGAAAUUCGUUACGUUUGGGGACGAUAUGAAGGUUUAUUUUUAUGACGAGGAAACGAAGACGCAGGAGAGGGUGCUAUCGUCCAGUGAUAAUCCUGAUACGCACGACGGUCACAUGUCCAGGGUAUUCGCCGCGUGUUUCCACCCGAAAAACAAUUACGAACUUUUAACGGGUGGUUGGGACGAUGUCGUUCAGUUUUGGGAUCUGAGACAACCGCAUGCGGCCAGGCACAUUUCGGGGGUUCACAUGUGCGGAGAGGGCCUCGAUAUUAGUCAGAAAGGGACUGAGGUGUUGACUUGCUCCUGGCAAAAAGAGGAUCCUUUGCAAGUGUUUGAUUAUAAUACGACCAAAAGGAUGUACUGUUUAGAACCGGACAUUUAUAACACUAAGCUGUAUUGCGGUAAAUAUGCCACCAAAGAUUUUGUGGUGUGUGCAGGAUCCGAUCCGAACCUUAUACGUGUGGUGGACUUGCAAACGACUGCAACUUCGGCAUUUAUAAACCAAUUACCGGGAGCCAUUUACAGUUUGGAUAUCGGUCCGACGAAAGCGAAAAAAGAAGCAAAGUUGGAAAAGUACAGCGUUAAAAACGACAUAACGAACGUACCGAAAAUGGUCUUCGUAUCUGGUAAGAGACUUUACCAGAUCGAUUUUUGUUAAUUUAACAACGAAUAAAACGCAUGUGUUGAAACAAGAAAA